AUGCAUCGUGACAAGGAGUCAGAGUCAGUGAUGCUCAACUUCACCUCCUCCAUCCCUCUGGGCCCCCUGCUGAGUAACAGCAGCUUCUCACUGACAGGGGGCGCUGUGGCUGUACCGAAAGACAGCUUCUCUAAUGCUCUGACCAAGAACAUAGUGGCCAUGUUGGUGUGGCUCACCCUCAGUGUCAUCAACAGCAGCAUGGUGCACACCUUCCUCCGACACAGCCUCUUCUAUGAGAACCCUCGAUACAUCAUGUUCAUCUGCAUGGUGAUAAACGACGCUCUGCAGCUGACCCUGGUCACAGCUCUUUACGUUGCCAGUUACAUCUUCAGGAAGAUCCACGCCUCCGUCUGCUGCCUCCUGAUCAUGACGGCGGUCCUCACCACCCGCUUCACCCCUCUCAUCCUGGCCGGCAUGGCGGUGGAGCGAUACAUCUCCAUCUGCUUCCCUCUGCACUACAGCCACAUGUGCACCGUGCCUCGCACCCUCCUCCUCAUCUGCGUCAUCUUCAUCCUCACCGCCACCCCGCCCGUCACCGACUUCCUCAUCACCCUCGUCAAGGAGCCCCCCAGUUUCUUCCACACCACCGUUUUCUGCGACCACUCGCUUCUUUUCCGCGACCGCUCCAUCUACUACAAGAACUGUGUGUUUGACGGGACGUACCUGUCGUGCGUGGCUCUGACACUGCUCUUCACCUACUGUAAGAUCAUGCUGACGGCCAGAGCGGCCUCUACGGGCCUGGCCUCGGUGACGAGAGCCAGGAACACCGUGCUGCUCCACGGGGUCCAGCUGCUGCUGUGCAUGCUCGCCUUCGUGGUUCCCUCCCUGCAGGCGGCGCUCAUCUCCCUCUUCCCUCGGCUCAGCCUAGAGAUUCGUUACAUCUUCUUCCUGCUCGUUUACAUCAUCCCUCGCUUCCUGAGCCCCAUCAUCUACGGUUUCAGGGACGAGCUAUUCAGAAAGUACUGGACCCGGGCCCUGGCUUGUCGAGGCAGUAUCAUCAGGGUCAGGCCUGUGGUGCAGAAGGUCAACCUGAAGGUCAAAUAA